GUAUUCCCCUCCCCAUCCUUGCAAACUUCUACUUUUUCCGCCCCCUUUCCGACCAUCGAGAGCUUCCUGGUGCGGCGCCUGCAAGAGCGAAAUCUCUAGAUCGCGGGGCUCUCCCCUAAUCUCCGAACCCUCCGACCUCUCCGUGGUACCGUGCGCAGCGUGUGAGCGAGUGGGCUUCCUGCGCGUCGUCGAGGACGAGGGAUCGCGUGUGCUAUAGGUCGGCGACGAAGAGGAGAAUUGGUGAACGAAGCGGAACAGGCUUGUCUUUUCCUUACGAUCUGAGAUCUGCAAUCUUCUCUCUUUCGCCGGUCGAUUUCUUCACAAUUUAUUCUAGGGUUUCUCAUCGCGAGUCGAGUUUAUAUACAUAACAUAUAUCAAUGCUAUGUUUGGUUUAUCCCAUAACAUGGUCACCAUAGACAACAUCGAUGGCACUUUGUAAUUGCAUAUAAGUGGAUAAGAACACUUCAGUAACAUCUGGAUUCUACUGCUUCUAGAUAUGUUUUUAUAUAUAUAUAUAUAUAUUUAAUAAAGAGAACAGCUUUCAUAUGGCGGUAUAACAAACAUCAAAUGAUUAGGUAGGCAACAUGACUUGGCAGUUGUAGAUAAACCAAACUCCUUAUUUAAGCUCAUUUGUCAAACCCCUCCACGAUAUUGUUUCUUCCUCAUUCCAUAUUGCAGUAACCUGCUUGUUGAGUAUAUUCAUCAAUGAACUUACUCCAAUAAGUCAAGUUUUUGGAUAGACACACUUUCCAAAUUGAACUAAUCUUCUCGUUUUGCACAUGCAGCAAUCAUCAUAUGCUUCUUCCUUCUUUGUCCAUUUUGCCCUCUCUCAGCCACAAACAUUAAUAUUUUCCAAUCUGCUCUCUCCAAUUCAUCAUAAUUACUUCUAGGAUUACUUAUCGGUUGAUCAGAACCCCCUGACUAUUACAUUGUUUCAUAAUUUUCAUCCUUAAAGUGAUGACAUUGUUUACCUUUUCUCUCUUUUUAAAAAUCUUUUACUUUAUGAUCCUGAUUUCCAUAUGUGCUUAGGUGUUGGCUACUUUUUUGUGCUACAUGAGAUGUCCUGAGUAAAGAGUGCCCCCAGUUAUCCAUUCUCUGUCUUCCUUGCAGCUAGGAAGGAUCUUCUACCCAACAACAGGAGCUUCAUUGAGGUUCCUAUUAAAGAAGAAAUCAAGACUGGGAAUGAAUCCUCAACAAGGUAGGGCAUCUACUAAUGGAUAUAGCCGCCGAAGAGUUGAUACAAUGACAGGGUCUAAGAUGGAGAAUAAGAUGCAACCAAAGAAGUCAGCCUCUCCUAACUUUGCAGGAAAAAUUACAGGCCCAUCACGUGAUCGGCUGAUAUAUGUUUUGUCAUUUUUGAUUGGUCACCAUGUUGAAGUCCAUGUGAAAAAUGGAUCUAUAAUUUCAGGAAUCUUUCAUGCAACAAAUGCUGAUAGAGACUUUGAAAUUGUUCUGAAAAUGGCUCAAGUGGUUAAGGAUGCCUCCAUGAGAGAGCAGAAGUCUUCACGUGAUAAUAUCACAACCCCUCAGCUAAUGAUUGUGCCUACACGGGAACUUGUUCAACUUCUUGCAAAGGAUGUGUCACUUGAUGAAUUCACCAAGGGACAUUCCAAUGAGAAGGGCAAAGAUCUCUUGAUUGAUUCUGUUAUUUCUCAUUCUCAUCAUCUAGAGACAGAAAGAGAGCUGACGCCUUGGAUCCCUGAUGAAGAUGAUCCUGAAUGUCCUGAGCUGGAGAACAUAUUUGAUGGAACACUGGAUAGGAACUGGGAUCAAUUUGAAGCAAAUGCUGCUUUGUUUGGAGUAAAGAGCACAUUUAAUGAGGAAAUUUAUACUACUAAGCUUGAAAGAGGUCCUCAAAUGAAAGAGCGUGAAAAAGUAGCUUCAAGAAUAGUUAGAGAAAUAGAAGGACAGGAAGCCCAUGAUUUUCAUCAAGCUGAGGAAAGAGGCUUUAACUUCCAUGAUGAUCUUGAUGAGGAGAGUAGAUAUUCGUCUGUAUGUAGGGAAAGCAAUGAUACUAGAUUCAGAGAAACUGAGAACACCUGCAAUUCUGAAAUAUUUUCAGGAUCUGUAGGUGUCGUGACUUCUAAAUCAUACCCUGAACCUUCAAGCACCGAAGUCUGUAGUGAAGUGCAGGCAUUGCAGAAUGAAACUUUGGCAUCAUCUACUAGUUCAUCACUGGAUGAGGAUAAAUACUUGCACACUGACAAGGAUUUAGGUAUCUAUCCUGUUAGUGAUUGUAAUCACCAAGCAUCUGACCGUAUUACCCAGAGGUCCCCACCCUUGGAUGGUGAGAGCAGGUUGGACUCAAAUCAGAAAGACCAAAGUGACAAGAUCGAGAAUAUAGUUCAAGAUUCUCGGGCAUCUGAAGGAGGGUUUGAAGGAUUAUCUGCAAAUGGAACUUUGUGUAAUCCUUCAUCUUCUAGUCAAGGAGAUAUAACUAAUGAACCUUCAGAUUCUCAAGUCCUUGUUAAUGUGUCUACUGCUAUCAAAUCAGUAGCUUCUAGGGUAAGACCAGGUAGUUCUUCAAACCAUGUGCCUGCUGAUAGUGCACCAAAUCAGCCUGGUUUAUCCCCAAGCUCCUCCAGUGGAUCACUUUCAUCUGAAAAAUCAACUCUUAACGUGAAUGCUAAGGAAUUUAAACUCAAUCCAAAUGCUAAGAGUUUUACUCCGUCAACAUCUGCAAGGCCACAAGCAGAAGUAUCUGAUGGGUCUUUCUAUUAUCCUAAUAAUGUAGCUUCUCUUCAACCUAUGCACGGUCUACCUGUAGGAAUGGGGGUUGCUCCAUUUGGCCAUCAGCCUGUUUUUUACAAUCCUCAUGCUCCACCAAUGCAAUCCUCCCAAGCAUAUAUUCACCCUAACGGGUCAAUGUAUGGGCAGCAAAUGAUUGUCGGACAGCCUCCACAAUUUUAUUAUGUGCAAGGCUAUCCUCCUGAGAUGCAGCAUAAAGGGAGGAAAUAUUGAAGUGUUCUAAUUCAGCGGUGAUAACGCUGACUCAGUGGAUUUCACCUGUUACCUGCAUUUUCUGAAGGAACAAACAUUGUGGCACGUGUUGGCGAAGGCGCUUACAGGAGUUGAUUGAUUUCUUACUGACCUGCAUUGUAUGGUGGUACUAUAACGAUUUUAAAUCGCAGCAGGUCACAGAUGUUUCCAUGAGUUGGAAAUAGAGUUUGUAUGUAAAGACUACUUAAGCAGCAGAACAAUCUUCUCUUCUGAGAUAUCACUGCUGUUCUGCCUUCUGGUCAGUUAUAUUGGUGUUUGUGCUGAUCAAAAUAAACCUAAAAAAAAAAGUCUCAGAUAUUUAUUUGAUUGAACACACUAGUGAUGAAUUGCAUAGUUGGAUUGCAGCCUGAUAAA